AUGAUCCAAACUCUGGCAGAGCGUCUACAACUCGGCGGUUACACUCGCCGGCGCAUCGGCGUCUCCUUUCUGCCCUAUCCAGUCACCAGCACUCGAGAGACCUUCAAGUACACUUGGUUAGACAAGAACCGGCGACCCCUGUCCUCGACCCCGGGUCCGGACAUGCAUCUGCAGCUGGUCACACCGGACGACUUUGGUACCUACUACGUCCGAAUAGAGGGUACCAAUUCGGGCUAUGAGAAGGAGUUGUCCACACACGUCAAGCUGGACGGUGAGGGCCCUGGGGAGUAA